AUGGGAUGCGGCAGCUCCGCAAACACCGCGGUCCAACCGCUGACGCCGGAGGAGGCGAACGGAGACGAGGAUGAGACAGGAAGUAAAAUCGGUAGUCGAGGAGACUCUGCCGUGUCAAAGGGCACCACAGACAGCGGGGUGGUGAUGGAGAACAAGGAGAUCACCGUGUUACCUGGAGCAGUGCCGGGAAAACUCCCUCCUCUAACAUCUGGGUGUGUGAGAGAAAGUGAGGCAGACACACUUACACAAGACGCAGCCAGCCCAGGAAUGCUGCAGCAGGACAGCACAGUCCAGGAUCGUCAGAAGUCCAGUGAGAUCCUGGAGGAGCUCCUGAACCAGGGCAUCAUCGCAGUGGGAAAAACCAGAGAGAGGAGCAAAGGGGCUGGAGAGGCCUACAGCAUCAUGCUGGAUGACAGAGAUGUGGUCAGGCGAAGGCCUCCUGCAAGACUGGAGUCUCUGAAGGCCAAAAAGGUGCAAAGUCUCCCCAGCAGAGAAGAGAUUGAGGAGAAGAUAAGACUUGCUGAAGAGAGACGCAAGUUAAGGGAGGACGAGCUCAAGACGCGUUUAAGGACCAAGUCAGCGCGUGCUCGUGUCCGCGCCCCCAUCUCCAGCACAGAAGAAGAAGAGGACACAUCCCUCACCCCUGUGAAGCCGCUACAUUCACCUCUCACCCAUGACCCGACUGCGUCUCUGCUGUUUCACAGCCAGAUCACAUGCAGGGAGGCCGAGGGAGGAGAGAGUGCGAGAGAGGCUGGAGCUGACAGCAGAGAGUGUGAUAAAGGUAGAGCAGAGAAAGGACAAGGGCAGGAGAAGGGCGGAGUGAGUGGAGAUAACAGAGGGGCAGGUGCAGAGUGGGCGAGUGAGGAUGGUGAUGAGGAGGAGGAAGAGGAGGAGCUGAACCAGGUUGAAGAGCUCCGGGCAGGGAAGCUCCUCACUGCCUCAGGGGAGCUGGAGAGUGAUUUUAGCUAUCAACAUGCAGAAGACAAAGAGGAGACGUUUUAA